GCAUGUACACUGGAAACAUUUAUCAAGCUAUCUGAUUGGUUGAUUGAUUGGUUUCAGACAGAAUGAUGCAAAGCUUACAACCAAUAACAGAUGAGCCUCGUGGUAUAGAAUUAGAUGAAAUAGAUAUAACAGGAGGUCGUGUACUAACCGGCCUCGGACCUCUGAGGGAUGUCGACAGUAUUAUUAUAAAACAGAAAAUAUCUACUUGUGAACUUCUCACCGGCUGUGAAAUGGAAAACAGAUUUUUGAUAUGUGGACCACAGGGGGAUACACUUUUUUGGGCUAAAGAACACUCAAACUUCUGCAACAGAUUAUGGUGUGGCAGUGUUAGAAGUUUCAAUAUGUCAAUAACUGAUCAAACUAACCAAACUGUGAUGGAAAUAAAUAGAGCAUUAGCUUGUCAGGGCCUUUGCUGUUCAUUUCUUUACCCGUACUGUACACAGGAGUUGAAUGUAAGCGUGGGAAGUCAAUCUGUUGGAACUAUUCGGGAAAGAGCCACCUGGUGGAGUCCUGUUCUUCAUAUCUUUGAUAGUGUUGGAAACCAGGUUCUAAAAGUCCGUGGUCCAAACUGUUUAUUUUUCUGCUGUGAUGAUAUCAACUUCAGUGUUCUGAAUACAGAUGGGGCAGAGGUUGGAAGUAUUACCAAGAAGUGGAUGGGGUGCUGGAAGGAAACUUUAACAGAUGCUGACAAUUUCUUAUUGACUUUUAACCCUGGGAUGGAUGUCAGUGAAAAGGUUCUUAUUAUUGCGGCAACAUUCCUUAUCGACGUGAUGUUCUUCGAGUACAACUAGAUGAACUCCUAGAAUAACAGUUUCAUCAGCUGAUCUCCUGAGGUGAAGCAGUGAACGGCGUGAUGCAACUGUACAAAUUACAUCUCUAUAUCUGUCUGUUUAUAUUAUUUUCUUUUUAUAUUUGAAGCUGGUUGUGGGGAAAGGAUAGAUCUAAAGCAGUUGUCUAUAAUGAAUAACUCUGUAACGUUUAAAACUAUCUAAAAAGUAGAAAACGUAAAUUCUUUAAUUGACAAAAAAGUUGAAAGAUAUCUGUAUAAAUAAUUUCAUAACGCUUGAACCGGACCAUUCUCUAAGUCCACUAAGUCCACUUAAGCACUCAAAUAUACAUUAUGCAGUGGAACUGUGGAAGAGGAAGACGACAUUUAAUAUAUUAGCUUUUUCCAGUACCUUGAAAAUCGACUUACUAAUUGAAAUGGAAAAUUGUGAAAAAGUAAUUCGACCUAAACAUUGAUUAAUGUACUACUGUACAUUUAGUUUAAAAUUAGAUAGAAAUUUUAUUGAGUGUUGUGUGCAAACCGUUAUUAUUAUAUUUCAACUAUUCCAUUAACAUUUGAAUUUUGAAGUCGUUGUUUUAUUCCACUUUUCGUUAGGGACCAAUGCAAUCCGAUUUGAAAGGUUGUAGUUGGAUUAUUACUACAUUAGACGUGAUUUUUUCGUUAUAAAUAAUAUUGCACAUUUCUCCUUGAUGUCUUUUAGCAUUUUUUCGGGCGCAUUAUACAAUUGUACACUACAGUGAAUGCUGCAUAUCAUGGCAAGAUGACCUUUACGGUCAACUUUUACUUAUUUUGUAUUGUGGUCCUAACUCAGAAGCUUAAAAUACUCUGUUUAAUCUGUUGUGAAUCUUUUCUACCAUUAGAUGUGAUUUUAUCAAAAUACUCCUCAUAAAAAUCUCAAUUAUACUGUUUUAAGUUUGUAAAGCUUAACAAUAAAUUUAUAAACCAG